AUCAAAAUUCAUCUUGGUGGCAUUCAUCUUUGCAAGCUUUGUUCAUAGGCGAAGAAACUCGACAAGCUUCCGUGGGCCUGAGAGGACAAGGCUCCAACCUUCCGAAACCGGCGAUGGCCGUGCUCAUCGUUCUUUUCGUGCUUGGUGCGGCACUUGCGGUUUAUAGCUGCAAGGGGCUGAUUAUCUACUGGCUGGAGGUGGCCGUCAGCAAUGCUGCAGGGACAAGGGGGAAAAAGAACCCGUGGCUGGAGGGCAGCUAUGCGCCAGUGAAGCAGGAGCUGCUGGAAGCCGACCUGCCUGUGCAGGGAAAGCUUCCUGCCGCCUUGGAUGGCGCAUAUGUGCGCAACGGGCCAAACCCCCUGCACCAACCCAUUGGGGGUCACCACUGGUUUGAUGGGGAUGGGAUGCUGCACGCGGUGCGCAUAAAGGAUGGCAAGGCAUCAUACAGCAACGCGUAUGUGCAGACGUCCAAGUACAAGCAGGAGAAGAAAGCUGGCCGGCCGCUGUUCUUCACGCUGGGUGCUAUGGAGAGAUUGUCUGGGGUGCUCAUUUACAUGCUGCAGCAGCUGAAGGAGAAGCUGGGUGUUGUGGACACUAAGGAUGGGCAUGGGCCUGCCAACACCUCGGUGGUGUUCCACAACAAGCAGCUGCUCGCACUGGUGGAAACUGACCUGCCCCAAGUGGUGAGGGUGAAUAAUGAUGCGCACAUAGAGACCCUGGAGAGACAGACCUAUGGGGACCAGCUGCGGAGCCCCUUCACAGCCCACCCCAAGAUUGACCCCGAGACAGGGGAGCUGCACGGCAUCGGGUACAGCUUCAGUAAGCCGCUGAUGCACUAUUACGUCAUCGGCAGCGGGGGGACUGUCAAAUUGGACAUCGACAUACCCCUGCCGGACCCAGUCAUGAUGCACGAUUUCGCCAUCACUGAAGACUACGCCGUCUUCAUGGAUUUACCCCUCAUGAUCAACCAACAUGAUAUGAUCAAGGGCAAGCCGCUGGUGAACUUCAAUGAGGGCAGAGCUUCGCGCUUCGGAGUGCUGCCAAAGCGCUGUGAGGAUGCUGACAAGGUCAGAUGGUCUGAGCUGCCGGCCAUGUUCGCCUUCCACGUGGCCAAUGCCUGGCAGGAAGGCAACGCCAUCCACCUGUUCGCAUGCGUCUACGCAGAAGGGUUCGACUUUGUGAACGUGUCUGCCGGCAAGGAUGGCUCGCUGCCGAGGCUGACGGAGAUCAGUCUGGACCUUGACAGCGGCAAGGCGUCCAUGCGGACAGUAGCCGACGUGCACUGCGAGUUUCCCACCAUCCCUGACCGCCUUGUCGGGCGCAAGACACGGUAUACAUAUGUGGUGACGUACAAGUACGGGGGCGGAUUUGACAGGCCCUAUGGGCUUGCCAAAAUAGACCUGGCCGCUAGCUCACCGGCAGCAGCCGUCCCCGCGCAGAUCGGCUUUGGCCGCGGCCGCUUCGGCGGCGAGGCCGUCUUUGUGCCCAGGAGCACAGAUCCUGCCGCUCUGAAAAGUGAGGAUGACGGAUAUCUGGCGACAUAUGUGUACGACGAGCAAACAGACAGCAGCGAGUUCAUGGUCUAUGACGCGUGCAGCUUCUCGGCAGAGCCGGUGGCGCGCGUGAAGCUUCCGCAGCGGGUGCCGCAUGGCUUCCACGGCAAGCACAUCAACGCCGCGCAGUUUCAGGCGCAGUUUCCCUUCGACAUCCACUUCCUGCCGGACAUCUGA